CCCAGUUCUCUCUUUUAACAAGUCUCUCUCUCACACUCACUCUCUCUGUUAGCUUUGGCUCCUCACCAACAAUGGCUGACCGUAACUCUAACCAGCAGAGAUCACGCAGACCCAACUCAAUUACAUCUACAUUUCUCCGUAAACUACAAUCGCAUGCCCCUAAUUCGAACAACGUCGUGGGUCUCUUGACUUUUGUCAUCUCCGGCUCUGUUCUUCUCCUCCUAACUGGACUCACUGUCACUGCGGUUGUUCUCGGUCUCAUCUUCUUUGCGCCGUUAAUCAUCUUUUCGAGCCCGAUUUGGGUUCCGCUGGGUACGAUCCUCUUCGUUGUUAUUGCUGGGUUCUUGUCGGUUUGCGGGUCCGUGGUUGCUGUUGUGGUCGGGUUGUCGUGGCUGUACCGGUACUUUAAGGGGUUGCAGCCGCCGGGUUCGGACCGGGUUGACUAUGCGCGGGACCGGAUUUAUAACACGGCGAACCAUGUAAAGGACUAUGCGAGGGAGUACGGUGGGUACUUGCAGAGCAGAGUAAAGGAUGCAGCUCCCGGAGCUUGAGAUUUAUGUGUGGGCAUCUGUCAGCGGAGCGGGUCAUGGUGCGACCCCUUUUUUAGUUUUUUUGAAAUUUAUGGUUACUUUUAUUUGUUUUAUCAGGAAAACUGUCUUGCUUUGUAUUUAAGUGGGCUGUUUUGAACUCUUGAUUUAUUCUUUUAGGUUAAUUAUGGAUGGAUUUAGUUAAUAAUUUUUCAUCA